AAAAAAUUUGUGGCCGGCCCGCCCCUCCCGUCCGCCAUAUUUAUAUUUCAUUCAUUCGAUCCAUCUGCAAAUCGAAAAACUCGAAAUGGGUGGAAAGCAUUUUGGAGAGCUGCACAGAGUCCGAGGACUAAUUACCUACAAAAUCUCGCCAUUCGAACAGCGAGCAUUCGCCGGUUUCAUCAGCACUGGCAUCGGAAACUCCUUCAGAAGGUUUAGAGGACAAGCACUCAGGGUUCUUCCUCCCUUUAUCCUCGGCUAUUUGAUCUAUGAUUCUGUGGAGAAAAAACAUCACCAUUUGCUUCGCAAGGACCCUGCUGAAUUCGCCAAUGACAAAUAGAGAAAAAUGGAAUAAAACCUCCAAUGUUAGAGAAAUGUUAUUGAUGUAAAUAAAUUGAUGUUAUUAUAAUUAAACGGAAUUGAAAAAUAGAUAA